AUGGACCGUAGUUGGUUUGAUUUGAAUGGUUAUGGAACUAACCAAGAUGCUUAUCACGUGAUAAAUGACGGUUUGUCGAUUGAAGAUUUUGAAGGGCGUGAUUUAGCUGGUUUUCUGGCGAAGUUGAUGAUGGGAAUUUGGGAGACAUUGAGGCUUUUUUAA